AUGCCUUCUUCUCGCCAGAUCCUCACUGCCCUUACCGCCGUGGCCUUCGUCUCCGUCGAGGCCGCCAUGGGCCCUGCUUUCAGCACCGGACCCGUCGCCGACAACUCCUUCAUCCGUGAAGUCCAGUCCACUCUUGUCCUGCCCAAGGCCGGCAAGGCCAACAACAACGGCCUGCUUUCGCUCUGGGUCGGCAUGGGUACUUCCAACGGCGAUUUGAUCCAGUCUAUUGCCGACAACAUUCAAUCCGAGAAGUGGAGCGUUUACGGCUACACUCUUCUGUCGACUGGCCCCACUUCGCAGAUGCCCGUUCAGACUGAAGGCACUGAUGCCACUGUUGGAGACCACGUCACCAUGCACUACAAGUACAACGACUCGACUGGCAACUACACCCAAACCGUCCUCGUGAACAACAAGCAAGUCGCCAAACUCUCCACCAAGGACGGCCACGCCCAAGGCUGGGGCAGCGCCGUCGAGUGCGCCGACACCAGCUGCGGCAGCGUUGGAGCUCACACCUGGAUCAACACCAAAAUUAUCCUCGAUGUUGCAGACCCCAACUACAUCAACACUCUCGGCAAGGGUCAGGGCGUCACUGGUGAUCUCGUCACCAGCGACAACGGCAAGACUUGGACUGUAAAGACCAUCUCCGUCCCUGCUUACUCGUUUUAA